AUGGAGAAGCUCUUCGAGGAGUCGGACACCGCCGUCGAGCGCCGCAUCCUCGACUCGGAGUUACGCCAGGACGCGCGCCUCUCCAUCAUCGAGCAAGCCGCCUCCGAGGGUGUCGUCGAUGACCUGUGCCUACGCAUCGGCAAGCUCGACAAGUACUGGAAUCGUUCCGUGAUUGAAGCCACCGUCGAGCCGGCGCUCAUCCUCGAGCCUCCCAUCAAAUCGGAGCAGCACGUCGCGCCCCCACCUGCUGGCUACAUGGCUGCUCGGCCCAACGGACACCGCGUCGACAACCACCACCCGAAGAAUGAGCAGGGGUUGUCACCACCCUCACUUAUUCCCUGGUCAUGGGUAUGGCCGAUUCCUCUGCAAAUCCUGUUAAGUUACAUGUGUUCUCGCAUGCAAUUCACAGGACCUGCUAAGCGUUGGAUCCAAUCCGCUACACCUAAACUCCAAACUAUGCAAUGGUCUGAAUUCCGUAGUGCUCUGCAUACACGCUUCGACCGUGACCAGCAUGAAUUCCUCCUUCGCCAGCUUUAUCGCAUUCGACAGACUUCGUCUGUUCAGGAUUACGUGGAUCGCUUCUCCCAAUUAACUGCCUAUGAUCCCACCACAAACUCCCUGCAUUACAUCACACGUUUCACUGAUGGGCUGCAUCGAGACAUACGUGCAAUUAUUCUUGUUCAGCAUCCUAGCUCCCUCGAUUGGAAGAAGCAGGCGAUCCUUCAAAGAAGCGUGACUGGAGGUGUACUGAUGCUCCAUUGGUGCCACAAUGAGCUCCGAAGGGCGCCUACCCUCUGCCUCCUCCACCAGGAGUUGAUAAGCCACAAGCAGUUGCCGCUAAUAAGCCGUGUUCGGGCCCCAAACCUCUGGAUCGUCGUCUUGCCGACCUCAAGGCAUAUCGUCGUGCUCACGGGCUGUGCGAUCACUGCGGAGAGAAGUGGAGUCGGGACCACAAGCGUGCGCCCAAGUCGGUCUCCAUGUGCUAGAAGAACUUUAUGCUCUUUUCUUGACUAA